AUGGCUCUCGAAUCAGGAUAUAUAAUUAUUUGGCUUGAUGCUCAUAUUGGCUCAAAAAAUAACUGUCGGAAAAUGAAGGAAGAUUUCGAGGUUGGUCUUGUAGAAAUAGCAACUGUUCCACCGAUACCACAUGAUCCAAUUGAUGAUCUUAUUUGUGCCAUACGCGAACACAGUGCUCCAAUAUUGUUUACUGAUUCACAAGAAGAAGCAUUAGAACUCAUUGAAAACAAUAUGGGUUUCAGGAAAGUUAUAUUCAUCUCGUCAGCAACGUUGGGCAGACAAAUCGUCCCUCAAAUUAUUGAAAAAGAAUUACAACUUGAAUCAUAUUAUGUUUUCUGUGGAAAUAUGGAAGCCCAUCGUGAUUGGGGUAUCGAAUGUAUUAAUGAUGGCUUGAAUAUUCAAAUGUUCGAUCAUGAAACAACUCUGUUGAUAAGACUCUGCCGAGAUAUGAGCAACAUAUUAAAAGAAGAUGGAAAAGUUCUGUUAAAUACAAACAAGCUUGAAGCUGCUUUGAAAUACUUUGAAUUUGCUUUGGAACUUGCAGACACCGCCGUCAAGUCUUGGGGUAUUAUUAAUUUACCAGUUGAUAAUUAUUCACUACUUUUUCGUAUUAAUACUGAGAAUCCUUUUCAAUAUUCGUUUGCUAUCGAUAAUAUUGAUAUUACUCCAUGUGAAUAUUUACCUUCAUCCACGCCAUACAAUUCUCUUCUCUCUUUCUCAUGUAAUUUUGAUAAUUUGACAAUGUGUGACAUGAUUAAUUAUGCAAAGAUUUCUAUAUUUAAUUUUACGGUAUAUACUGGUAAUACAAUACCUGAUCAAGAACUUGGUCCAGUUCGAGAUCAUACAAGUAAUUCAACAUCUGAUGGUUUUCUUUAUUGGAAUCAAUAUUUGCCAGUAAACGCAAGUGAUCAAGGUCGUGUGUAUCUAUCAAAAACAAUUGAACAAAAUAAUGGAAUGUGUAUUCAAUUUGCCUAUCAUGUGAAAUCAAAAGUAGUUAAUAAAAACACAACAAUGAUUCGUCUAUCUAGUGAUGAAAAUCCUAACAUAGGAUUAUGA